AUGAUUAGCGAGCGAACUUCGUUGAGAUACUCGCCAAAUGGCGAAGUGGAGCCGUGGAUUAUCAAUGACGCUACCAGUACCAUAUUUAUCUCCCCCGCUGUGCUUAGGAAUUGCUCUCUUCACCGCAGUAUAUGUUUCUCGAGUGCUGAACUCAAACUGGAGGACAAAUUGAAUCAAAUCAAGGUCAAUUUAGAAUCGGUGGACAGCUUUCCAUCACAGUGUGCAUUGCUAAAUCAGAAGCGGUCGAGUUUGUUGGGGCAAUGCAUUGUACUCAUUCUGGUGCUGGCUGUCUUCCUCAUUGGCGUACUUCUCGCGUUUUUGAUAGGACACUGGUCUGCUAAGUCGCGAAAAAGUGCGGAGCAUUUGGUUGGUUGA